ACACGAACAUGGAUCCUUUUCAGAAAGUCCCUUUUUAUGUGCUACUACAGAUUGUCAAGUCUGUCCAAGAUUUACCCUCGCUUUUACACCUUCUCCAUGCAUCCCCGGUAGUCGCCUCCCUAUUCCAUGACUGUGCACUGGAAAUAUUUGAUGCCGUUGUCGAAAAGAGCAUCCCGUCAAGUAUUCAAGGUCUUCUGUACACAGUCGCCUAUGUUCGAGCAGGGAAGACCGCGUCUCAUGGCUUAUACGAUUUUAUAAGCAAAAUUGGGAGUUAUUGUGUGCAUGACCGAAAUCAAAUCCCCACAUCUAAUGCGAAGCAACAUCCGCCAUCGAACAUUUUUCGACAAAUGCUGAUGCUGUCCUGUCAUAUCCAGCACCUUGGCUAUCAGUGUAUUCACGAUAUGCUCCAGCAAUGCUUAACGUUGAAGCCAUCGCACCUGGUCGACGAAAACAGCCCAAAAGAUCCUACGGGUCAGGAAUGCUACUUUCAUCCUCGACCGCCACACCCACUUAUGCAACCAUACCAGGUUCACGAUUCAGGCCCUCCGUCCUGGGUGGAGGUACAGCGUGUCUACCGCGCAUUGUGGCGCCUACAGCUCUUCCUUGACGUCCAAAAAGCUGCCAGCGGAGAUACUAAGCUUAACUGGCCCCCGGACCAUGUGCAAAAGAUCCUGAAUAUGGUCCCUGAAAUAUUCUGGGGUCCCAUGGAGCACAGUUUACUGGAAGAACUGAAGACAGUCAAAGGCUGUGUCGAACGACUUUACCCAAACUGGUUCAAGACGCAGUUACCGAUCUACCGAGGGAAUAUCUGUUACAACUGGCCAACAUUAAGCCUUGAUAAUCUCGUACCGCAAUAUUCGCGUCUGACGCCAGCUGCAUAUCUAAACUACCGAUCGCGCGGAUUUUCCUUUAUUGAGGAGUUGUCAAGAACCUCGGUUCUGCCUUACGUCGGAUUUUCACCAUUUCGACGCUACGGCCUUGUUAUCUGGGACCGAAAGAGACUGAUGGCGUUAGAAUUGGACCGGGCUAUAUAUAAUAACGUCCAAGAUUAUUCCGGCAUUCACACAUCAAUCACCAACUUAUAUUAUACAUGGUGGAGUAUCAUGACGGACGAAGGGUUCCAUUUCUGGGAAGAGAAAGUGCAGAUGAUCCGGGAUAGAAAUCUGCCAUACUACAUAUUUGCUGAGAUAUGAGAUACAUGUAGCAAUUCAUAGAGAUUAGUAUAUCCUUCUUCAGUGAUUAUCAUCACAGGAAUGGAUACCUUUGCUCGGC